GAAGUCAGAAUUUGGAAAUUGGCAAUGCUUUAACUAACCUUACAUUUAUUAAUUGUAACGCAUUAACAAUAUGGCGAAAAUGUUAAUUCAUCUAAAAAGUUGAGCGUCUAGCCUUCAAUAUAUAAAGUUCAUUUUUGUGUCAUCACAGCGUCCGCAUUUCACAUCAAGUAUAGUUUUGUUUUCACUUUCAGUAACCGAAAGCUGCACCGAGAACAAUUAGAGGCUUCGGCCUCUGAUAUUAUUAACAUUUUCCCUUUGCAACUUUUCCACAGAACAUACAAAGCCUUUCUUUGGAUUUACAUCCUGCAUCUGGAAAGAUAAACCCUGAAGGAUGUCGGGCUUUGCCUUGUUCACAGCAGUUCUUUUCAACAUAGUGAUCCUGCUGUGUUUAUGUUCGUCGGAAGAAGACUAUAACAACAACACAACCUUUCCAUUUGUUACAAAUAGUCAGAAAUUUCCUUGGAAUAAAAUGAGACUACCCGACAAUGUUAGUCCUGUCUUCUAUGAUCUGCUGAUCCACCCAAAUCUGACUAGUUUAGAUUUCACUGGCAUUGUUAAAAUAAUGGUGGAAGUUAAAAAAGAUACACAUGCUAUUGUGCUUCAUAGUAAAAAUCUCAAAAUCAUCGGAUCCCAAAUUGAAAACACUAUAAAUGGCCAUCUUCAUGUGCUGGAGUAUCCUGUUUUUGAGCAGAUCGCCUUGCUGUCAGCUGAACUACUGAAGGCUGGUCGGCGAUAUGUUAUUUCUCUCAAAUAUGCUGCUAAUCUAUCUGAAAGCUUCCAUGGCUUUUACAAAAGCAUCUAUAGAACAACCAAAGGUGAACUCAGGGUUCUGGCUGCCACACAGUUUGAGCCAACUGCUGCUCGCAUGGCUUUUCCAUGUUUUGAUGAGCCUGCCUUUAAGGCCAACUUCUCCAUCAAGAUAAUCAGAGACAUUCACCACAUUGCUGUGUCUAAUAUGCCAAAGAUUAAGUCCAUAGAGCUGGGUGAAGGGCUCAUAGAGGACCACUUUGAUGUAACUGUAAAGAUGAGCACUUACUUGGUUGCUUUUAUUGUCUCUGAUUUUGUGUCAGUCAGCAGGAAAACUGACCAUGGAGUUAAGGUUUCCGUAUACGCAAAUCCAGAGAAAAUAGAUCAGGCAUACUAUGCCUUGGAAGCAGCAGUGAAACUUCUUGACUUUUAUGAAGAUUAUUUUAAUAUUCCAUACCCUCUUCCAAAACAAGAUUUAUUUGCUGUACCUGACUUCCAGUCUGGUGCUAUGGAGAACUGGGGUUUGACCACCUACAGAGAAUCUGCUCUUCUGUUUAAUCCUAAAAUAUCCUCUGCUUCAGACAAAUUAGGCAUAACAAUGAUCAUUGCUCAUGAACUGGCACAUCAGUGGUUUGGCAACCUUGUCACUAUGGAGUGGUGGAACGACCUUUGGCUAAAUGAAGGCUUUGCAAAAUUUAUGGAGUUUGUCUCAGUAAAUGUCACCAACCCGGAACUGCAAGUGGAAGACUAUUUUCUUGGAAAGUGUUUUGAAGCCAUGGAAGUUGAUGCCUUGAAUUCUUCUCAUCCUGUGUCCACACCAGUUGAAAAUCCAGCUCAGAUUCUAGAAAUGUUUGAUGAUGUUUCAUAUGAAAAGGGUGCAUGCAUUUUAAAUAUGCUGCGAGACUUUUUAACUCCUGAAGCUUUCAAACUGGGAAUUGUACGGUAUCUGCGAAGGCAUAGCUAUGGAAACACCCGCAAUGAAGACCUGUGGAGAAGCCUGACUAAUGUCUGUGAUUCAGAUGAACAGGAUGAAGCUCGUUUUCAAGAAAAUGAAUUUUGCUCCACCAGUCAAAAGAAAUCCUCUGCUGCAAAAUGGUACAUGCAGGAUGAACUGAAUGUAAAAGAAAUAAUGGACACAUGGACUCUUCAAGAAGGUUUCCCUCUUAUUACUGUGACAGUACAAGGCAGAGAGGUUCACCUGCACCAGGAAAGGUAUCUCAAGAGCUCUGACCCCACACAUGCCACUCGAUUCCUUUGGCAUGUUCCAUUAACAUACAUUACCAGCAGCUCCAACACGGUGCACCGAUUUCUGCUGAAAACCAAGACAGAUGUCCUUUUUCUCCCUGAGGAGGUAGAAUGGGUUAAGUUUAAUGCUGGAAUGAAUGGCUAUUACAUUGUUCACUAUGAAGGAACAGGCUGGGAUGGCUUGGUCAAGUUACUGAAAAAGAACCACACAGCUCUGAGCAGUAAUGACCGAGCUAGCCUUAUUAACAAUGCUUUCCAGCUAGUCAGCAUUGGCAAACUACCUUUAGAAAAAGCUUUGGACUUGACUCUUUACCUAAGAAAUGAGAGAGAAAUAAUGCCAGUCUUCCAGGGAUUGAAUGAGUUGAUCCCAAUUUACAAGUUGAUGGAAAAAAGAAACAUGACAGAUGUGGAAAAUUUAAUGAAAAAGUAUAUAGUCAACCUCUUUCAGGACCUGAUUGACAAGCAGUCAUGGACCAAUGACGGAUCCGUUUCUGAGAGGCUGCUACGCAGCUCUUUGCUUAUGUUUGCCUGUGUUCGCCAGUACAAACCAUGUGUGGAGAAAGCACAGAGUUUGUUUCAAAAUUGGAAGGAAUCUGGAGGCAAUAUGAGUUUGCCAAGUGACGUUGCUCUGGCAGUGUACAGCAUUGGAGCUCAGGAUCCUGAAGGAUGGGACUUCCUUUUCGAGAAAUAUCAGCAGUCACUGUUUACCUCAGUUAAAAGCCAAAUAAAAAUUGCUCUUUGCAUCAGUAGACUAACCAAAAAACUUAAGUGGUUAAUGGAACAAAGCCUACAAGGAGAUGUUGUGAAAACUCAAGAUCUUCCUUAUGUUGUUGUCUUUGUCAGUAAAAACCCUUCUGGAUAUAAACAUGCAUGGGAGUUCUUGAGGACUAAUUGGGCUCAACUUGUGAAAAAGUUUGAUCUUGGUUCCAAUUCGAUUGCACACAUGGUGACUGGAGUAACUAACCAGUACUCAACCAAGGAGAUGCUUGAGGAGGUAAAGUUAUUCUUCAAAUCACUGGGAGAUAAUGGAUCCCAGUUACGGUGUGUCCAGCAAGCACUGGAGACAAUCGAAGAGAACAAACGCUGGAUGGACAAAUAUUUUGAGAAUAUUAGAGUAUGGCUCAAGCAAAAUGUUUUGUAGUGUUGAAUUGUUCAAAUGAACUCUGCUUCUUAAAUAAACUGUUGUUUCACAAUAAA